AUGAUCGUCUACGAGCAGGAGAUUGACGCCAGGAUGAAGGGCAUCACACAGCAGCACAUUGAUGACAUGCUGCUUGAGGCGGAGCUAUCCGAUGUGAAUUCUGAAGGCACGCCUAGCAGCAGCGGUGAGGAAGUAGUAGAGGAGACGGAGGAGCAUCAUGUAGACGCGCAGGAAUACUCCGAGUGCAUAUCGCCCCCGCCAUCGAGCCCCACUCUCACCGCACAUGAAGAGAUGUCGCCAACAGAAACCACCAACGCACUCAAGGAGGAAGAUGACGACGAAAAGGAGGCUACAGAAGACGUAGCGCAUCCCCUUGUAGAGAACGGCACGAAAGACGACGAAGACAAGAGGAAGAACGCAGCAGGAGAAGCAGAAGGAGAAAAAACGCCGCGAGAAAGGACAGGCUGGAGGACCAUCUCGAUUCACGGCGGCACCAGCAGCAAGAAGCCGAAGAACACAUCACCGGCUCCUAAGAAAGAGGUGCCGCCCGUCACAUCAAACGUGGCGCUCCCAGAGGCCCCGAAGUAUCGCCCGCGACGCUGGGAUGAUAUUGACACAUUGCUCGCCAUCAUUGUGAAUACCCACUUUGUCACACACCCGUACUCCCAGGUUCGCUUCCGUCGCCUGUCGGGGAAGGUCGGCGAGUACGUGGUGUACCAUCGCACUGUUGGACGCAAGCGUCUGGUGUACGCGCGCAUUCUGCAGGGGCGCCUCAUGAUCCGGCAGUCCAGCGCCAGCAGCGGCAGUGCGUCGUCGUGGGUUGAGCUGCGCGACUGGCUGGUGCGCUAUGAGCGGGAGAUGCACUCGUGA